AUGGCACGGACCAGAAGAAGACGGGCUGUCUCCACUGCCAGAGCGAGGAAAAGGAGAUCCAGAUCAAGGCGGAGGAAGGCCGGCCCGAGGAUUCCAAAUCUUAUUUUAAAUGCCGUGGCUGCGUCUCACGAGCCCAAAGGCGUGUCUCUGGUCGCGCUUAAGAAGGCGCUCGCGGGCCGCGGGUACGAUGUCAAGAAGAACAACUCGCGCGUCAACCUCGCGCUCAGAUCGCUCGUUAGGAGAGGUUUGCUCGUGCAGACCGGAAGGGCCGGAGCGCGCAGGUCGUUUAAGGUGAGCAGUCGCGCUGCGAUGAGGAGGAGGAGGCCAGUCAGGAGGCGUAGAAGAGCUACUAGAAGGGCACCCAGGAGAGUGAGGAGGAGGAGGCGGAGGAGGGCGAAGAGACGUUCAGCAAAGAGAAUGACCAUGAGGCGAAGGAGGAAGGUGAGAGGAGCGAGGCGUAAAGCCGCAAAACGCAGAAGAUCCACGGUCAGGAGGAGGAGGAGGAGGAGAGCUCCUAGGAGGAAGUAA